GGGACGGAGCCGGGGCGGCCCGCCGCGUGGGCUCUCUCCCGACAGGGCCGCCUCCGACGCCUCUUCCUCCUCCUCCGUACUCAAGCCCGAAUUAAUUAUCGCAUCCUCCGGGCGGUCUAAACAACAGAACCUCCCCAGCUCAAGGGGCUUAAAAUCCUGAGGCCCUGUCUGGCUCCGCUCCUCAUCAGCCCCAGGGAAGUGAUCUAGAGAAAGGAGCAGUGAUGAGCCAUCCGAUGACCGAAAGAAACAAGUGUGAUAGUUGGCCUGCCUUGUUACCCUGAACCCGAUGGAGAGCUCCAUGAAUAACUUAAAUGACCCUCCUCGAUGGAACAUUCGGCCCCAUUCCAGGGCCGACGGAGGCGAUGGCAGUCGAUGGAAUUAUGCGUUGCUGGUUCCGAUGCUCGGAUUGGCUGCUUUUCGUUGGAUCUGGUCCAGGGAAUCUCAAAAGGAAAUAGAAAGAGCAAGAGAAGCAUACCACCAAAGAAUAAUCGCUUUCCAACGGGAUCUUGAAACCAGAUAUCACGACACAAUCAAAGAAAACCGCCGCACUAUUGCUCAUUUGGCUUUAGAGCUUGAAAAGGAACGUAACAGAACAACUAGUUAUCGGGAGGCACUGAUCUCCCAGAGCCACAAAUUAGUGGAGGAAAGAAAGCUUCUAGAAAGGGACCGUGCCCUGAUAUUGCAAGAAAAGCAACAGCUGCAACCCUUAGGAAAAGUGUACGAAAGCUUUCUGAAAGAGGAAGAAGAGUGGCAAAAGAAAGCUGGUCUUUUGCUGAAGGAGUUUGAAGAAGCCCUUACCGAAAGGCAAAACAUCUACUGCAGUCUGGUUCUUCCUCGUAAAGCGCGAUUGGAAAUGGAGAAAAACUUGCUAGUCCGAGCAGCAGUUGAUCCAAUUGCCUCAGAAUUGGAGAUGGGAGCUGGUUUAACAGACAUAUUUAAGCAUGACUCCUAUUGUGGUCACAUGUGGAACUCUGACAAAUACCAGAAUGGGAAACUCAUGUGGCUUUAUCUCAAAUAUUGGAAAUCGGUUGUCGAACUGAAAAAAUUCAAGAAGGUAGAGAAAGCUGUUUUAGAAAAGUAACAGAAAAGUGGAUGAGGAGGCGUCCCUUGGCCAGAAUGUCAUUCCUGGUCUUCUCUGUGACUUAGCUGCUCUUCUUUCUUUGCUAUUGAGCCUACCCUCUAGACUUGUAAGCUCCUGGUUGACGGGGAACGUGUCUGCCAGCUCUGUUAUAGUAUACUCUCCCAAGGGUUUAGUACAGUGCUCUGCCAACAGUAAGUACUCAAAUACCAUUUAUUGAUUUCCCACUAUGGCACAUCAAAACUACUGCACCCCCUAUCCUUGCCUGUCCUGACUGGCUGUUGGAUUUAGCUCUACUCAACAGCAAUUUACCCUUCUUUCUCCGGGAGGUGGAGUUGCUUUCAAGACUUUUUAAGGGUGAAGCCUUUCCCAAACCCAUUGGCAUUUUAUUUAGGUGAAUACCACCACCUCACACCUCUAGAUAGGCCUAGGGGAAGAAAUGUGUAAAAGAGUUCAUUCAAAAUCCAAGGACUGUAUUGAUUUGAGUAUGUCUUCCAAAACUUUUUGAUCUCCCCUUGAAUUAUUUCAGUUAAUGGUUUCUCCCCCCCCUUCCCUCAACUACCCCAUUUCCAAAUAUAAGGUUCAAAAACCCGGUGUUAAUUUAUGUCCAGAAGAGGGAUGCCAUUGAGAUAAAACUAGAGUUAAUAAUGAAGAUAUUUGUUUAAGCGCAUACUAUGUGCAAAGCACUGUUCUUUGAUUAUUUAGCCUCUGAGUUGUCCCUUGACUCCAAAUGUUAAUGCUGGUAAAUGUUUGGGGGUGAAUUGCUUCUGUGUUUAACAUGCAGCUGUACUGCAGAUAUGCAUUUGUCUUUUCCGGACAUACACAAACACUAUAUCCUACUACUACAAGAUGACACUUGCAUCCUUUGGGAGCCUAUCAAACAGUGUAGCAGGAGCAUAGCCCCAGACCAAGCUAGAGGUCUUCAGAAAUGUAUUGCUACCUGAUUUUUUCUACCACAGUGACACUUAAGCUUUACACAGGCACCAUGUUCGAGGCCUUGAGCAGUUCCAUCAGUAUCAUUCACAGGCUAUAUUUAACAUCAAAGGGCAGGAGAGGAUCACAAACAAUGAUGUCCUAGAAUGAAGCUUAGCCUCCUAGCGUUGAGCAGGAUGCAUGGGUGAGUCACAUGAAGAGAAUGGCCAACAGCAGGAUACCCAGACAGCUGCUGAUUGGCAAGCUGAAAUCAGGAAACCAAAAGCAAGAAGGACAAAGAUUUUAAAGAUACAGUAAAGCACAGCCUCAGAUAAUGCUGCAUCCCAAUUGGCAGAUGGGAGUCAGCUGUGAGAGAUUGGCAUGAUACACUGCUGUCAUGAAAAGAGUAGCUCUCUGAGCAGAAGCAUCAUCUGGAUCAAGAGACAAGGAGGAGAAAGCUAACAGUGCCAAAUGCUGCUGAAACAGCAAACCAAACACAACCAAGAUCAGCCUUGUGCUGUACAAUGAGGUCGGAUGAUGGGUCCCACAUUGGCCUUUUCAGUCACACACCUAGCCAUUUGUGGAUUUCACAGUCAUUGGCGUACUUAAGUAUGAAGGAUAACUAUAUAUACUAUCUGUUUCAUACUUGGUCUUCCUCUUGCUCCUAUUUGUAAAUAAUUUGCUUGCUUCCGCCGCCCCCGCCCUAUAUUGUAAGCCCCAGAGACCAGAAACCAGGUCUUUUCAAUCAAUUGGGAGUUUUUACUGAGCACUUACUCUGAAGAGCACUGGAAGAAUACAAUACAGUGAAAAUGAUCCCUACUCUCAAGGA